CGCGGUGCGGACGCCAUGCGGGCGUCGCUGCUGCUGUCGGUGCUGCGGCCCGCGGGGCCCGUGGCUGUGGGCAUCUCCCUGGGCUUUACCCUGAGCCUGCUCAGCGUCACCUGGGUGGAGGAACCGUGUGGUCCAGGGCCGCCCCAACCCGGAGACUCGGAGCUGCCGCCGCGAGGCAACACCAACGCGGCUCGCCGGCCCAACUCGGUGCAGCCCGGAGCCGGAACCGGAGAGAACUGGGAGCCGCGGGUCUUGCCCUACCAUCCUGCCCAGCCCGGCCAGGCUGCCAAGAAAGCCGUCAGGACGCGAUAUAUCAGCACCGAGUUGGGCAUCAGGCAAAGGCUGCUGGUGGCAGUACUGACCUCACAGGCCACGUUGCCUACACUGGGUGUGGCUGUGAACCGCACUCUGGGACACAGACUAGAGCGUGUGGUGUUCCUGACAGGCGCCCGCGGCCGUCGGAUACCCUCAGGCAUGGCCGUGGUGACCCUGGGUGAGGAGAGGCCCAUCGGACACCUGCACCUGGCGCUGCGCCACCUGCUGGAGCAAUAUGGUGAUGACUUUGACUGGUUCUUCCUUGUGCCUGAUGGCACCUACACUGAGGCACAUGGACUGGCUCGCUUAGCUGGCCGCCUCAGCCUUGCCUCCGCAACCCACCUCUAUCUUGGCCGGCCCCAAGACUUCAUAGGUGGAGAGCCCGCCCCUGGCCGUUAUUGCCACGGGGGCUUCGGGGUACUGCUGUCGCGCACUUUACUGCAGCAACUGCGCCCCCACCUGGAAGGCUGUCGCAACGACAUCGUCAGUGCACGCCCUGAUGAGUGGCUGGGACGUUGCAUCCUUGAUGCAACUGGCGUGGGCUGUACUGGUGACCACGAGGGGGUGCACUACAGCUAUCUGGAGCUGAGCCCUGGGGAGGCUGUGAAGGAGGGGGACCCCCGCUUCCGCAGUGCCCUGACGGCCCACCCAGUGCAGGACCCUGUGCAUAUGUACCGACUGCACAAGGCUUUUGCCCGAGCUGAGCUGGAGCGCACGUACCAGGAGAUCCAGGAGCUUCAGUGGGAGAUCCAGAACACUAGCCAGCUGGCUGCCGACGGGGAGCAGGCUGCUGCCUGGCCAGUGGGCAUUCCAGCGCCUUCUCGCCCUGCCUCGCGCUUCGAGGUCCUUCGCUGGGACUACUUCACAGAGCAGUAUGUUUUCUCCUGUGCUGAUGGCUCACCCCGCUGCCCACUGCGUGGGGCCGACCGGGCUGAUGUGGCUGACAUCCUGGGGACAGCCUUGGAAGAGCUCAACCGCCGCUACCAACCAGCCCUGAGACUCCAGAAGCAGCAGCUGGUGAACGGCUACCGCCGCUUUGAUCCAGCGCGAGGCAUGGAGUACAUGCUGGACUUGCAGCUGGAAGCACUAACCCCCGAGGGCGGCCGCCGGCCCCUCACCCGCAGGGUGCAGCUCCUCAGGCCUCUGAGCCGCGUGGAGAUCUUGCCUGUGCCCUAUGUCACCGAGGCCUCGCGUCUCACCGUGCUCCUGCCCCUGGCUGCGGCGGAGCGCGACCUAGCCCCCGGCUUCCUGGAGGCCUUUGCCACUGCAGCCCUGGAGCCGGGUGACGCCGCAGCCCUGACCUUGCUGCUGCUGUAUGAGCCUCGCCAGGCCCAGCGGGCAGCCCACGCGGACGUCUUCGCACCUGUCAAGGCCCACGUGGCAGAGCUAGAGCGGCGUUUCCCUGGUGCCCGGGUACCCUGGCUCAGCGUGCAGACGGCUGCGCCCUCCCCACUGCGCCUCAUGGACCUACUUUCCAAGAAGCACCCACUGGACACCCUGUUCCUGCUGGCCGGGCCCGACACCGUGCUCACGCCGGACUUCCUGAACCGCUGCCGCAUGCAUGCCAUCUCGGGCUGGCAGGCCUUUUUCCCCAUGCACUUCCAGGCCUUCCAUCCAGCCGUGGCUCCGCCUCAGGGGCCUGGGCCCCCAGAACUGGGCCGCGACACUGGCCGCUUCGAUCGCCAGGCGGCCAGCGAGGCCUGCUUCUACAACUCCGACUAUGUAGCCGCUCGCGGGCGGCUGGCGGCAGCCUCUGAGCAAGAGGAGGAGCUGCUGGAGAGCCUGGAUGUGUACGAGCUGUUCCUGCGCUUCUCCAGCCUGCACGUGCUGCGGGCCGUGGAGCCCGCGCUACUGCAGCCCUACCGGCCUCAGGCGUGCAGCGCGCGGCUCAGCGAGGACCUGUACCACCGCUGCCGCCAGAGUGCGCUCGAGGGCCUCGGCUCCCGAACCCAGCUCGCCAUGCUGCUCUUCGAGCAGGAGCAGGGCAACAGCACCUGACCCCACGCCCUGCCGCGCGCGCCGGACCCUCCCUCGCCCCCGACCCAGCUCCUCCCUCCCCAGCAACCUGGAGAGAGCCGCCUACCAGCCUCGCUGGACAGGGCUGGCUGUAGCCUCGGACCCCAGAGCAGUCCACUGGGCCCCUGUCUCUGUCUGGGGGAGGUGCCCUGGAGCCACCCAUUUUCACCCCAACUCCAGUCUCCCUGCCCCCCCCCACACACCCUUGACGCUGCUGAUUCAAGCUGUGGCCUCCUUGUAUUUAUGCAGCACAGCCUGCCUGACGCCAGCCAUGCCUUCUGGGGUGUAGUCCUGGGAGCUGGACUGUAGACAAGUCGUUGGAGAAGGGGGGAAGCAGAAAGAGAAGGGUUGUGGUAUCUCCCACCCUCUCUCUUUCAACCCCUGAUAAAGGCCUGACUUUAAUAAACUGGCUGGGUGUA